GCCUCAUACGCCACCAUUCUGCGGAGUCCUUGAACGACACCAUGCUCGACAACACUCGCGACUAUGCCAAGGCCGCCGAUCUUGGCGAGGCCAGUGCUUACUCUGCCACUCGACGUAACCUGCUGGAUAUUGCCAAUAGCCUGCACGGGACGGGCGUCUCCAUGGACAUUGAGAUACCCAGGAUCAUCGUGAUCGGCUCGCAAAGCACAGGGAAGUCGUCCCUGCUCGAAAGCGUCUGUAAGAUCUCCCUUCCGAGGGCAAGCGGAACUUGCACGAGGUGCCCGACGGAGUGCCGUCUCUCGCGGUCAUCCGAGCCUUGGAGGUGCAUUGUCAGUCUGCGCCUGUUGACGGACCGACACGGGAAUGCCGACCCUCGCAACAUCCCCUUCGGAAACCCGAUCACCGACCCAGCGGAGGUCGCCGAGAGGAUCAAACGCGCGCAGCGUGCGAUCCUGAACCCGAGCACACAGAGUAGCUUCUUCCUCGGUGGAGGCGAAGACACCGCGCCCGAAACCACAUUUUCGCGGAACUGCGUGUCCUUGGAGAUCAGCGGCCCGGACGUCGUUGACAUAUCCUUCGUUGACCUGCCUGGUUUAAUCGCUAGCGCAGGCAGUAGCAGUACGCUUGCCGACAUAGACCUAGUCAAGUGUCUUAUCACCGAGUAUGCCGAGAGGGAAGAUUGCAUCAUGUUGGUGACUGUGUCAUGCGAGACGGAAUUCGAGAACCAAGGUGCCUAUCAGCUGGCACGCAGCUUUGAUCGUGCUGGCGAGCGUACAAUCGGCGUCCUCACUAAGCCUGACCGUGUUGCGAGGGGCGACGAGGACUGGUGGGUCGGGUUAUUGAAGAAUGAGCACCCGAGCCUGUCUCUGGCCAAUGGAUGGUUCAGCGUGAAGCAACCGGACAACGUCGAGCUGAAGAAAGGCAUUACGCAUAAGCAGGCAGCACAACAAGAGAAGCAGUUCUUCGCGACCACGAAGCCUUGGGACACGCUGCCGCCUCGGUUCAAGCAAUGUUUGGGAACGUCCAACUUGAUGGAACAGUGCAGCAAUAUCUUGUCUCGUCUCAUCGCAAAAAGGCUCCCCGAAAUACAAAUGACGAUUCAAGAGAAGCUUAGGACGGCCGAAACCCAGAUCGAUGAACUGCCACUCGAGCCGACAGAUCCCGUCGGUGAAGUGUUCCGCCUGGUCAGCGAACUCUGCAGCACUUUGACUCAGUACGUCGAAGGCACGCCUAGCCCGGACGGAUUGCAGCAGACCAUCCGGCCUGAGAAGGAGAAAUUCCUGCGCACAAUACGGGAAACAGCACCGGAUUUCAGGCCUUACGAGAAAUCAGAUGGCGUGUCAUUCUUCUCCACGCUUACUCCGCCUCAGUUCCUGGAGAACGAGGAGGAACCAAGUCUCCCAGAAGAUGAUAACAACGCCAUCUAUAUCGACCAAGUCAAAGAAGCCGCUCUCUCGGCUGUCACACGUGAACUGCCUGACAAUAUUCCUUUCAUCGCGACCGAGUUGUUCAUCCGAGCUGCGGUUGCUCGCUGGAAAGCGCCUGCGAUGCAGCUCUUUGAUCACAUCGAGGGCAUCCUCAGAGACAGGAUCACAGAAGCUGUACACGCUCAAUGUGAGAUGUAUCCUCAACUGGAUUUCCAGAUAUCGACUGUGGUCGAUGACUACAUGAAUCGUCGCUCUGAGAGGACCAAAGAGCGCAUCAGGUGGCUGCUCGACCUCGAAGAGCGUCCCCGCAUCCUGAAUGACUACCACUACCGCGACUAUCGCAGCAAGUUCCUGACGUGGUACAAAAGUCACCGUUCGCAGUUUCAUAACAUUCCUCUCCUUCAGAAGUUACAGGGGCACGAGAGAAAUCCAUCAGACUUGAGCGGGAAAAUCAAGGCGAUCGUGGACGCAUUCGGCGCAUUAGACGGUGGUCCCCUGGAUAUCAUGCCUGUCAACCUCGUCAAGGUGCUUCGUACGGACCCUUACGAGAUUGCACUCGAUAUCAUGGCAAGUGUCCGUGCAUACUUUCAAAUUGCUUACAAGCGUUUCGCCGACAACGUCCCGAACGUCAUCGACCAUGAGCUGGUGUUGGGACUGAACCGCGGGCACGCACUCGAGACAGUCCUCAGGAUAGAGCUCGGCCUCAGCGGGCCAGACGUCGAAAACGUGUGCGCUGCUUAUCUGCGGGAGGAUGGAGAAACUGCGGCACACCGCUCAGAGUUGAAGAGCAGACUUGGUCGACUCAAGAAGGCGAAGAGCGAGCUGGCGCGAUUGCGCAAGUGAAGGCUGCAGAGGCGGUUACCUAGGAUUUGAGCUUGACUAUGACGAUUGGCCACAUCGACAUGUACACAGCAGGUCUGUGCAUAAUUCUAAUUAGGUUUC